AUGGAGACAAGUGGUGUACUGCUAUGCAGUAAUCUAAUAAAAUGGUUACAGACACUUAAUCUUACUGCUGAUCAUGGGAAUCCCUUAGAACUCUCAGAUGGUGUUGCAAUAGCUGAAGCUCUUAGCCAAAUUGCACCUGAAUAUUUCACUCCAUCUUGGAAUUAUAAAAUAAAAACAGAUGUGGGACAAAAUUGGAGGCUAAAAGUUAGUAAUUUAAAGAAGAUACUGGAAGGAGUUGUUGAUUAUCAUCAAGAUAUAUUGAAUUUGAGCCUUCAAGAAUUUUCUCGCCCAGAUGUAGUGAAUAUUGCAGAACAUGCUGACCCAGCUGAUAUGGGAAGGCUUUUACAACUUGUUUUAAGCUGCGCAGUCAACUGUAUCAAAAAAGAGGAGUACAUCACGCGAAUUAUGGAUCUAGAGCUGUCAUGUCAGCGAUCCAUAAUGCAAGCGAUUCAGGAAUUGGAGGAUAUACGGUUGGGCCAAAAUCGUGGAAGCCUUCAAUUAGAUGGACCGUCACCGGAACAAGCCGACGUUGAUAUGAGGGAAGCCCUCGCUCAACGGUGCCACGAACUUGAUGCACAAGUGAAAGCUCUCCAAGAAGAGAACAUGACGCUUUUAAGUGAAAUGAACAGGCUCACAGCAGCUCGUGAAGCAGACAAUGAAGAUAAAGAUGGCGACAUAGAUGAUGGUGGAGCCUCACUGGGACCUGCACAUGCUGGAACUCUACGAUAUAGCAACAUGCGUGCGCAGCUAGAUGCGUUGAAGGACGAGCUGGAUAAAGUGGAACUGCAAAGAGAUGAUCAGCGGGCGAGAGCUGAUGUCCUUGAGCGGGAGGUAGCGCUGCUCAAGCUGAAAAAUGAGGAAUUGCAGAUAGCGGCAAUAGACAAUGUCGCACUAAAGGAUGAAUUGGACGCGCUGAGAGAAACAGCAGCUAAGGCUGCAGCUCUGGAAGCCACUGUCGCCUCUUACAAGAAGAGGAUGGAAGAACACGUGGACUUGCGUAGAAGGGUGAAACUCUUAGAAAAUGCCAACACAGAGCACGUACAUCGCGCUAUCGAAUAUGAACAGGCGGCGACGCGGGCGAACGCUAUACGGGGUCAGCUCGACAUUUAUAAGAAACAGGUCAUAGAUUUAAAUGAGAAGUUAGAUGCAGAAGUAACCAAAGCGGACCGGCUAGAGAUAGAGAAUAAGAAGUUUAGCAGUCAUGUCGCCUCACUGCAGCGUGAGAAAGAGACGCUUUUGCAAGAGCGAGACAAGCUGAAAGAGACUGUGGAGGAAUUGCGCUUCUCGACGAUUACUACCGGUGCAAGCGAAGAGAACGUUUCACAAGAAUUGAUCCCCAACGACGUCAAUGAAAGGCUAAUAAGAUUAGAGCACGAGAAUAAGCUGCUAAAACAGAACCAAAGCGCACAAGCGGAUCAAGCCUCUGUACAGACCCUUCUAGAAGAUUACGCAACACGCUUAGAGAAGCAGCGAGCGAUGAAUCGUGAGGCCAAUCAGAGAAUAAUGCAGCUAGAAGCCUCACUCGAGGCUCCCCACCCUCGUCUUGCCUCCGCUAUCGAAGACAAUCAGAGGAAAUCUCUACAAGUGGAGGAGCUGCAGGCGGCUCUUGCGGAGGAGAGACGACGAGUGGGAAAAUUGCAGGAGGCGAUAGCCGCGAGGGAGGCCGAAUUGGUGGCCACUGAGGACAAGUACAAGAAAUGCGUCGAGAAGGCCAAAGAAGUUGUUCGAACACUAAACCCUAGGACUACUGCCCAGCAGCCGUUGUCGGACACGACGUUGGGAUAUUCGCGUGCUAACACGAGCGCUAGCAGCGCAGCCAGCGGUGCCAGUGCUGCCCCAAGAACAGACCCGACACCAGCUGCUGCUAACCGACACGAAUGGGGCGGCAGCGGCAGCGGGAGCGCAGCAGACGACGGUCGUAUAUUUGCCAAUGAGCAGCGGUUGCUCGCGUCCGCUUGGUACGAGCUCGGCACUCGUUGCCAUCGCGACGCUGUGGAAAGCAAGCUCGCCUUACUCUCCGCCGGUCAAUCUUUCCUUGCGAGACAGCGACGACAGCCUCCGCGUCCUAGACAGUCCUCAGCUGCGCCCGCGCAUUGA